UUUAAAAUUGUUAUUUUUUUUUUAAAUUAUCUUACAAGUUAUGACAUUGUGUGGUAAAUUGUUUCAUUAUUGUUCAUUUUGGCUCAAUUGAUCCUGUUGCGCUCGGACAAUUUUUUGUAAAAAUACAAUCUGUGACGAAAUUAUCAACAAUUCAAUUAUAAUAAUACACACAAAAAAAUAUUACCACAAUUGUUAAAUUUAUUUGUGUUUUGAGUGCCCUGCAAAUCGAAUUCAAAUUUCUUUGUACUAUUAUUAAACUACCAAUUUUGAACAACUAUGGAAUCUUUCAAAAGAGUGCUUUGUAUACAGAGCCAUGUUGUUAGUGGAUAUGUGGGUAAUAAAUGUGCUGUGUUUCCAUUACAGAUAAUGGGUUUUGAAGUGGAUGCUAUAAAUUCUGUUCAAUUAUCAAACCAUACUGGAUAUAAAACUUAUUAUGGCCAAAUAUUAAAUGAAAGUAAUUUAUCGGAAUUAAUAACUGGUCUUGUUGAAAAUGAAUUGCAUAAUUAUUCACAUCUAUUAACUGGUUAUACUAAAUGUCCAAAGUUCUUAAAGAAAGUUGCUGAAAUUUAUAAAAUAUUGAAAAAGAAAAAUCCAGGGUUGAUAUAUGUUUGUGAUCCUGUAAUGGGUGAUAAUAAAGAAAUAUAUGUUCCAAAAGAUAUAUUAGAUGUCUAUAAGAAUGAAAUAAUACAUUUGACUGAUAUCCUUACACCGAAUGAAUAUGAAUUAGAGUUAUUAACUGGUAUAACUAUAACAACCCCUAAUGAUAUUUAUAAGGCCAUGAAUAUAUUAUAUGCUCAGGGUUGUAAAACAGUCGUGGUGUCAUCUUCUAACAUAUCAUCGAAUUCUGUUAUGAAGUGUAUUGGAAGAAAUUGUUCUUACGAGGAAUAUGUAGAGUUAGAUAUUCCCAUCAUUGACCAAUCCUUUAUUGGAACUGGAGAUUUUUUUACUGCUUUGUUAUUGAUAUGGAUGAACUUAACUAAUAAUGACUUGAAACAUUCCAUUGAAAAAACGGUUGCAACAAUUCAAGCAGUAUUAAAACGUACCAUAAAAUAUACAAAUGAAAAUGGUUCAAAGGAUCCAAGAAGCAAAAAAGAACUAAAACUAAUUCAGAGCUUGAGUGAUAUUAAAAACCCUGAAGUAACAAUAUUUGGUACUAUUAAUAAAGUUGGAUAAUUAUUUUUGAAUAUCUUUAUUUAUAUAUUACUAUACAUUAUACAAAUAUUAUAGUCAUUGUUAACUUUUAGAAUAUAAUUUAAUGGACAACCUUCAUAACCCUUUAGUUAUGUUUGAGUUAAUAACUUAUAAUAAAAACUACAUAUAGUUGAUAUUAAUUAAUGUACGAGAGUCUGAAUUAUAAUUAAAAUAAAAUGUACUUACCUAUAAAUUAUUGUGAAAAUUACCAAAUAGUAUUUACUAUU